UUCAACUUUUCUUUUUCAUUAGCAAACUUGUGAUUUUCAGAGAGCUGAUUCUUGUAAAAUGGCUUUUGCUAAUGCACAAAUAUUUCUCUUACUUGCAGUACUCUCAUCCUUGUUUCCUAUUGGACUAGCUGACUUCAAUUGGGGUCCUAGAUCCUGGAGCAAAACCAAGUGCCCUUAUACUACUGAGCAUCCACCAAAUGUUACUCACACCUCUAAUAAAUUUGUUGUUGGAGGUUCGGAAGAUUGGCAUUAUGGCUUUAACUACAGGAUGGAUUGGGCUCGAAAGUGUGCUCCUUUCUUUGUUAAUGACACCUUAGUGUUCAAGUAUGAUCCACCAAAUGCAAAUGGUACCGGAUUUUCGCACAGUGUUUACCUAUUAAAAAACUACGGGAGCUUGAUCAGAUGCAACUUCACAGGGGCUAAAAGGAUAGCAGAUCCAACCGAGGGUGCAGGGGAAGGAUUUGAGUUUGUGCUGAAUAAAAUGCGGCCUUACUAUUUUGCUUGUGGGGAGAACGAGGGCAUCCAUUGCAAGACUGGGAAUAUGAAUUCCACUCAAACAUCGUUCUACAUAGACUUGUUAUCAACUACUUAUUAACUAAAUUAAGUUAAUGUUGAUUAUUUAUUCAAGCGAUUUUCCAAAAUUGUUGAUUAUGCUUAACCAAAACUCAUGGAAAACAGUAAAGUAAACAAUCUGAAGAAACGAGUAGGCAAGCUUAGAUUGAAUUCAGCGAGAGACAAAUUCUAGAGUUUUGGGUCGACUACCAAUCUUGU